UCAAAGCUCACUAAUAUUUAUUCUUCCGAUGUAGUGAUACCUACAAUCAGCAAGAUGAAAUUUCUUCAGGUGAUUACUAGUAUGUGUUCUCUCUUUCUAGUAAUACCAUUCAGCACGUCUGACACGGAGUUUAUUGCGGCCGUGUACGAACAUGCAUUUGUAAAUCAGUUAAAGAAUAAAACAGACGUGUCAACAAGGCGAGAAGCCUUGCGUAUUGUCAUGGAUAACAUGGAUGUUUAUGAAAAACAAAUUCUUGAAGCUAAAUCAAAGAAUGUCGUAAUAAUUGUUUUUCCUGAGUACGGUCUGACUGGUUUUGAUCACACCCGUGAGUCAUUUCGACCUUUUCUGGAAAAUAUACCUGAUCCAACAAAGCAAGAAUGGAAUGCUUGUGAAGCCAAGCCUGACAACUCCACAGCAAUUAUGAAACGACUAAGUUGCCUGGCAAAGAACAAUGAUAUUUACAUCGUCGUUAAUAUGGGAGACAUAAAGCUAUGUAAUAAGACAACUGAUCCACAUUGUCCAGCAGAUGGAAGAUAUCAAUAUAAUACAAACGUCGUGUUUGAUAACGCUGGAAAACUAAUAGCCAGAUAUCACAAACAACACCCCUUUCUAAACGAAAUGAAAGUGAUAAACCGUCCAGUAGAGCCAGAAUUUAUUACCUUUGAGACACCGUUUGGUAGAUUUGGAACAUUUACAUGUUUUGAUGCUCUCUUUCAUGAUCCGGCCAUUCCGUUGGUGGAGAAAUACAAUAUUGAUCACGUGGUAUUCCCCACAGCAUGGUUUGAUGUAUUACCGCUGUUUGCUGCUAUCGGAUUUCACAGCUCUUGGGCUCGUGGCAUGAGAGUGAACUAUCUUGCGGCUAAUACGCAUGUUCCUGUAUUUCUUAACACAGGUAGUGGAAUUUACAGUCCAACUGGUGCAAGGUCAUUUUACAGAAGUUUAACUGAGAAAGGUCAGCUGUUAAUUGCUAGCCUUCCUGCAUCACCUCGAAAAACAUCCCGAAAUGAAACCCAGAUAAAUGCUCGCCAAAAUCUUAAUUAUUUGAGCGAUGGCAGCAAAACUAACGUUGACAUGGAAGAUGAGUUUUAUUCCGACCUAUUUGGCGACCUCUUUUUAUUCAAAGAGUUAAGCAAAGAGGAGGACUCUUUGAAAGUAUGUUACAACGGCAGUACAACAUGUUGUUUGCUUACAUACAAGAUGGUUGAGAAACAAACAAAUGAGAUGUAUGCAUUAGGAGUAUUUGACGGACUGCACACCAAAGAAGGACAAUACUACUUAAGAAUAUGUGCGUUGAUUAAAUGUCUAAAUCUCGAUCGAAAUAGCUGCGGUCAACGUGUAUACGACGCCAAUACUAUUUUCAACUCCUUUCUUUUAAAAUCCCAGCUAAAUACGCCAUAUGUGUUCCCCCAAGUCGUCGCUGACGGAGUAUCUCUUUUGCCUGGGGAAUGGAAUUCAAGUAUGCCUCCAACUUCCUUGCAAACUACACAAAAACUCAGCAAAGGAUUGUUGACAGCAGCGCUGUUUGGACGUGUCUACAAUUUAGACCCCUUACCUUCAACCGGCAGUACAAGACCCUGUUGUGCUCCUAGUGUCCUAAUAUUAGCAUGCUUAUUUUUCGGACAGUCAUACUACCACUAUAGCUAGAUACUUUAAGGCUAAAUGCUAAUGCAAAUUUCCUCUUGCAGUCUUGUUAUUUGAUGUGUGGAUAUAAGUAAUAAAAACUGGGGUUAAUUGUAAUUGUGAUAUGUUCGAUAUGUUGUUAGUAUGUUUAAUAACGUAAGAUUCCUCUUGAUUCCUCCAUAAUGCAUGCUAUAAUUUGCAUUUCGAAAUCAAUACAUAUAUACAACCAAUUGUAAUCUUAUACUAUAGACACGAAAGUA